AUGGUCGCGCCUACAGUUACUCUCACGCAUCUAAACCGUGCUGAUGGCUCUGCGACUUACACCCACAAUGGCUACUCCAUCAUUGGCGCCGUCAAUGGCCCGAUCGAAGUACAACGACGCGACGAACUGCCCGAGGAAGCUGCGAUCGAGGUCAAUGUCAGACCAGCUAUGGGUGUUGGAAGCCCAAGAGAAAGGCAUCUUGAAACCCUUGUUCACAACACACUGCGCAGCAUCAUCUUGACAAGGUCGAUACCACGGACGCUUGUACAGGUCACACUGCAAGUUAGAAGUUUACCGGAAGAGGAUAGCACAGCAGGUGUCAACACUUCGCUAACUCUCCUCCCACAUCUUCUACAUACCGCGCUUCUCGCCCUCCUCUCCGCGUCGAUACCCCUCCGCACAGUCCUCACUUCUGUCAUGAUUGCUCAACCCGCCUCACCAUCUACAAACUCCUUCCCACUUCUCCUGUCGCCGACCGCCAACGAACUCUUACGCGCAAGGCCCAUACGAUCAGUCCACGUCUUCGCAUUCUCGGGCGACAGAAAGAUGUUGUUGGGAGAAAGCGAAGGGAAGUUUAGUUUCGAAGAGUGGAACGAAGCAUGUCAAAUGGCCGAGGAUGCGUGCUGCGGAGAAGAGGACGAUGAAGAGGAGGGUGGCGUAAGGCUAGAGGCCGAAGGCGAGGCCAUGGAUGUCGAUGGGCAGGUUGAAGGAGAAAAUCUGGAGAAGUGGUUGAGGAGCGUUGUAAGGAGGAAAGUUGAUUACGAACAGCGGUGGAAGAGUGCUACCUGA